AUGCGGUCUGGCGUCACGCUGUGUGCCGUUGGAAGUGAGCGCGGGCGCAAGUGGAAAAUCACCAUCGAGCAGGCGCUGGCUUGGGCAGUUUCAGAAGACGAAGUCGAGACGAACCCUUCUCCACUCAUCCACUCUCCUGUGGUGAUUAUCAACGAUGUCCACUUCAUCCAUGGUCAAGUGGCUGCGUGCGACGGCGAUGGAGCUGUGGUAAACACGGUUGGGGGAAUUCAUCGUGUACCCCAAUCCAGUGUCGUCAGAUCGGCCCCCGUCGUCACUAUUCUGCUUCGAAACCUGUCGUUUGCCGCAGAAAUUUGGGGCCUACCCGAAAUCGCUGACCUCCAUCAGAAGCUAUUAGAUCGCAUACUGCGCACCAACGGCGCCACCGCUUCCAACGACGUCCAGCAAAUAAUGCACGGUAUCAUCGACGAUGCCAUGAGACCCUCGGCAGAUGAGAUUGUGACGUGGAUCAACCCACUGUCUGGACAGGAAGUUGCUUUUCCUGUUCAACAUGCCGUCGAUUAUGCUUUCUACAAUGAUGCCGGAAUGGAGCCAACUCCAGAUUCGGUAGGGACCUCAUUCUGCACACCUCCGACAGCAUCCAACCAGCGUCAGGUGGCCGAAACUACAAGGACGGCACGCAGGAUCUCCCUCCUUAACCCCAGUAGAGUCUCCACCCGUACGGAAGCAAGUGCCAUGUUCGACACACAAGACGAUGAUGACGACGUUCUUGAAGAAAUUAAAGUCGGCACUUCGACGGAUGGACCCAAUCACGAGGUGCAGCAGUUUGUGCCUCCUCCAAGCAAACGAGCUGGAACGACACUGUCUGUCGCACAGCAGCAACACAGUGGAGAGAUUCUAGCUGCCCUCGCGUCCCAGCCCCGCCUGCAGCGUAUCUUCGCGGAGAACUAUCUACCCGACUCCUCAGUUGUAGGAAGAACAUCCACGCAGGCACCAACUACUUCUACGACAACCCUAGGAUCAAGUGGCAUGCGAUUGAACUCAGAACAAGGUGAAGCAGCGCUGCAUUUCAAUGUCAGCAACGCAAGUGUUCCUACUUUAUCACAGAUCCAGGUUCAUGAAGCGGUCGCUGCACCGCACCAUCAAGGUACGACAUUAGAAGAAUAUGUGGAUGGAAUGAUUGCUUCGGAGUAUUGCUUGUUUAAACCCUUGCCCGGGGUGUCUACGCGAGUCCGUGAUAUUCAGUUCGGCAAGCGAGGACUGUCGGUGAUGCACUUCCAGCCUCUCGCAUUUGAUGAUAAAGUGGCAUGGUACAUGAAUGGAUGA